CUUCUGGACCAAUAACCCCCUAAUCACAGCUCUCAGAUAAACUAUAAAUGAGAACUGAACUGUAGUUCAUUAUUGCUUUAAGCAGUGAUACGGACUUAACAAUUAAGUGCCAUUCUCGUUGGGGCAUUUAAAUAUUUCGACAUGGUCCUAACUCUAGCUGUUAUACUACAUUUUAUUUUGCCACUUGCAGGAGCCGGUCUCCGUCUGCAAUUCAGUCCGAAGAAUGCGCUGUUUAAACUCGGAGACAGACAGCAACUUACAUGCAUCUUAAGCGAUUGCGAGGAGGAUGUGAAAUACAUUUGGAAACCGCUUGAGGACAAACCACUGUAUGGGAAAGUUAUAUCUUCUCCGGCAGAAUCGAAGUUGAUCUUUAGCAAUAUAACUAAAAAUCAUGAAAACACAAUCAUAUGUGAGGCAAGGUGUAAGGACGUCUCAAGACAAGCGAGGGCAAGAGUAAACGUGUACUCUUUUCCAAAAGACCCAGUAAUCUCAGGGCAUGAACGCUUGGUACUGGGAAAGGAGGCUAUCUUGACCUGCAAGGUCUCUAACGUCUACCCAGAGGAGUACAUCAAAUUUGAGUGGAUUCUGGGCGAUGAGCUGGUCCCAACGCAGGACCCUAAAAAUAACAUGGAGACCACCGAAUCCUUUUAUACUUUCAUACCACAGAAUGAAAGCGUGAGGAACGUAACCUGCAGAGCCUCACUCGAGCUAGACGGCCUUCCGUCAGAUCAGAGGACCAGGGAGACAACCGUGUCCAUGCAUGUGCUUUAUGCACCACGCAGUGUUAGAACAUCUGGAGCAGGCACGGUCCAAGUUGGCUCCAACCUUUCUCUGACCUGUGAAGCGGAGGGAAAUCCGAAGCCGGAAUUUUCAUGGCGAACUCCGAAGCACGCCGGGCAGUUGGAAGAAGUGAAAGUGGGUCGGGAGAUUCUGCUGCUCAACGUAUCGCUAUCCGAUGCCGGGAUCUAUGAGUGCACAGCCAGCAAUGAGCUCGGGAGACAGACAGUCAUGGCGACUGUUACUAUUCACGGUCCUCCUGUGGACACUGUGAUCUCUAUGUCUCUCAAUGAGCCAAAGGAACAGGGAUUCCUCAACAAAUCCUACCUGAGCAACAGUGUCCCAAAGAGCCGCCCGGUGCUGAGCAAGGUGCGGAAUGGGAGCGAGACAGAGCUGGCGUCUGUUGAAACUCCUCCCAGGAACACUUCAGUGCAGGUCCUACCAUCCAAGUGGGUGCACGAGGGCGAGAACAUCACUAUCUGCUGCAAUUCUGUGAGCUUCCCACCACCUGCCAUUGUUCUGCGGAAGCUGGAUGGCGGUAGGGAUAUCUAUUCCCCCAAUGGCACGUUUCUGCUGGUCAACCUUACAGCAAAUGACACGGGUCAAUACCAGGUCAACGUCACCAACGCCCUGGGAUAUGAGACUAAGAACUUCACAAUUCAUGUAAUGGAGACAUUCACCAGUCCAUUGCCCACUUGGAAUGACUAUAUAAUUCCAGCCACUGGCCUGGGAGUUCUGGCCUCAGUGGCUGGCAUCCUGGAGUAUUUAAGAAGAGCUAAGAGGAAGGGAAUCUAUGAACUGAGCAAGUGCAGACCUGGAACUGUGUAGACUGACUGAACAGACCCAGAGUCAGGCAGACUCUGAUGAACUUGAUCUGGCUCUUCUGAAUUAAAAUGCACUGUUGAACUGAAUCAAAAAUGUGCCAACCCCUAGCAGACUCCACUGAAUGGAAUUAUAUUCAGCUGAACCAAAUGAGAAUAGGACUCUGCUAAACUGAAUCAGACCCUGCUGAUCUGAACUGCACUGUCAGGGC